AUGUCCUUCCCUGAGACUGAAAUUAGUGCCCCUGCAGUGGAGCAAGACGCUGCCAUUGAGACCCCACCAACCUCGGUGGACGCGUCCUCCGAGGGCGCAGCGCCCGCGCCUGAGGCGGCGCCUGCGAAGAAGCCCUUGCCCACUAAGAAGGACUUCCCCACGCUAGGCUCCGGCGCCUUCCUCGCUGCUGCCAACAAGGUGUCGUGGGGCCCCAACAUGAAGCCUGCGGCUGCGACCGCGUCCGGCACGUCGUCAGGCUCGAGCUCCGCCACGCAAUCACGUUCCGCGACUCCUGCACCUUCUGCCAAGCCUGCACGUUCCAAGACCAUCCAAGAGGCGUUUUCGCUGGACCUGCAAUCCCAGAUCGCCGUCUCGAAACCUGACUUCUCUCGUAUCGUCCAGGGCGUGAAGACCGCGCAUUCAGUCUCCGUCGAAUCGACCUUGUCGAAGACUAGCCGUAUGUUCCUGAUCGCAGGUAAACCUGAAAGCGUCAGAGCUGCUAAGCGUGAGAUCGUUAAGAAGCUCACCAAGCCCGUUACGACCACUCUGCAGGUACCCUCCAAGUGCAGGUCCGCGAUCAUCGGUGCUGGUGGCAGAAAGAUUCGCGAGAUCUCAGAGCCAUUGGAAGUCCGGAUUGACGUCGGAAAAGAGAUCGUCGAGGGCUCAUACGACGAGGACCUUGACGACUCCAUGGUUGACAUUACCAUCCAUGGUGACUUGGAGUCAGUGAGAAUUGCGCAGGAGAAGAUCCUCGCCAUUGUCAAGGAAGACACCAAGAAUGCAUCUAUCAAGGUCAACGUCGAGAACAAAGACCUAGUUCCGUUCGUCGACUUGGAGGCCUUGAAUCUGAAGGUUGAGGCGCACUUCAAUGCUUCCGCGGGCCAGUUCCAGAUCUCCGGCCUUCGUGACGACGUUCAAGCUGCCAAGGCUGCUGUCAACAAGUACUUAAGCGAGCUGGGCUCCCAGAUCAAGACCUUGAAGGUGAAGAUCCCCUCGAAGUUCCAGUUUUUGAUUGACACCGCUGACAUCAAGAAGAGAUUCAACGUUAUUGUCAACAUGCCCGCCCCAGGUGAAGAAGAGGUUGCUUUUAUCGGCCCUGCCGACAAGCUGGACGAAGCUGUGACAUAUGCUAGAGAGAACUCCAAGAAAUUCAUCGUCGAGUCCUUGGAAAUCUCCAAGGCUCACGGUAAGAACGUCGCGCAUGCCAAAAACAUUGCCAUCUACUUCAGCAAAUACAACUCUUUGGAGGAAAUCAAAAAGUCCUAUCCAAACGUUCGCUUCGCUAUCCCCACAGCUCAAGAGCUUCAAGGCACAGAUGCCGUUGCCAUUAGAGUCACUACCACAUCAGAGAACGCCGGUGAGUUGAAGGCAGUCCGCAAGGACAUCAUCAACUUGGUCAACGAGCUGCCCACAUCUCAAGUCUUGAUCGUUGAUGAUCUGGACUACGAGUUGUUCCACAAGGACAUCAAACACUUGCUCCAACAGCAAGAGCAAAAAGCGGGCUUUGUUCAGCUUGGUGACCUCUACCCAGGCGAUGACAGAGUUCUCAUAGUCGCAAAGCUCUCCGACGAGGACUUCAGACCUUCCGACGAAGAACUCAAAGAAAUCCUGGCCGAGGUCAACUCUGCUCUCGAACCCCUGCGCGCGAAGCAGAGCAACUUGUCUCACAAGACCUUUGAGGUUCCAGCGGCCGACCAAGAUAACUACUUCAGCUCUUCUGCGCUCAUUCGCAAGCUUAUCGAGCAAGACAUUGCCGCCGAAGGCGGCCACGUGCAAUUCAAGCUUCACCACCCAUCUGCCAAGCAGUUGACUAUCAGAGGCGACACAAAGGCCGCUAAGGUCGCAACUGCUGCUGUCGAAUCUAUUAUUGGUAGCCCUGAUGAAAAGUUCGAAACCAAGUUUGCUGUCUCUUCUAACUCUGUCCCAAGACUGAUUGGUUCCAAGGGUGCCAACUUGAAUGCUAUCAGAGAGAAGUACCAGUGCAACAUUGACGUGGCACAAGAGUCCAAUGGCACUACUACCGAUGUCACUAUUUCGGGUCUGCAGUUCUGCGUUGAGCACGCCAAGGCUUACAUGAUUUCCGAGUCUAAAAAGUGGGCUGAUAUCAUUACCAAGGAGCUGAAUGUUUUGCCCAAGUACCGCGGUAAGCUGAUCGGGUCCCAGGGUUCGUACCGCAACCGUCUGCAGAACAAAUACAGCGUUCACAUCCACUUUCCUUCUGAGGGAGAAAACGAGGGUGUUACCAUCAGAGGUCCAUCUCGUGGCGUCGCGAAGGCAUAUGAUGAGCUAAAAGCGCUGCUAGAUUUCGAGAUUGAAAACGGCCACACCUCCACUAUUACUGUUCCAGCUGAGCACGUUCCCCGUAUCAUUGGUAAGAACGGUGACACUAUCAACGACAUCAGAGCAGACUGUGGUGUUGAAAUGGACUUCUUGCAAAAAACCACAGACGCCAAAGCCGUUGAGACUGGCAAGGUUGAGCUAAAGAUCACGGGUUCUAGACAAGCUAUCAAGGAGGCCACCCAAAAAGUUGAAGCUAUCAUCAAGGAAGCUUCCGACGUCGAAACUGAGUCCUUCGAGGUUAAGCCCGAGUACAUUAGAGACAUUGUUGGUGCGGGAGGCCGUGUUCUGAAGAGCCUGAUUUCUAAGGCCGGUGGUGAUGAGAUCAGGAACAAAUCAGUGGAUAUACCUGACGCUUCAUCUAAGGACAAGAAGAUCACCGUUCAAGGUCCUCAAGCCUUCGUCAAGAGCAUUGUCAAGGAGAUUAAGGCAAUCAUUGAAGAAAGAGAGAACUCUAUUGAAAAGGAACUCGACGUUCCUGCGGACAGAGUUGGCGCGCUGAUUGGCCCAGGUGGCGUGACUCGUCGCCAACUUGAGGCCGAUUUCCACGUCAGAUUAUCUCUUCCAGAUAUUGGAGACAAAGACAGCAAAGUCAAGGUCUCUGGCCUUGCUGAAAACAUUGCUGCGUGCGAAAAGCAGAUCUUUACUCAAAUCAUCAGAGACAGCUGCGAUUUGGAAAUCCAGGUUCCUGCUUCGUUCCACGAGUUUGUUUCCGAAAAGGGCGCGCUGAUUCAGAGACUCAGGUCUGAUUUCUUCGUCAACGUCAAGUUUGGAAACGCUAAUGGCAGAGCUAACAAGCUGGCCCGCGCUAACUUGAACAUUCCAGUCGAGAAGGCCUCUGGGUCUGACGAGGAGUCCAUCAAGCUCACCACAGAAGAGGUCCCACUGAACGUUGACGAAAGCCAAGCCCCUAUCCCAUGGAGAUUGUCUUACGAGCCAGUUGACUUGUCUGACAUUCUAACUGAGGAGGAAAGAGCGAAUGACAAGCAGGUGAGCAAGGACGAAGUCCUCGAGAAGGUUCAAAAGAUCAUCCAGCAGAAGAUCGACCUCGCCCCUCAAGCAUCCACAGUCGGUUACCUAUGGUCUCGUAAGCCUCAAGACUUCAGAAAGGUUGUCGGUUCGCUAGGUUCCAACAUCAAGAGAAUUAGAGAGGCCACCAAUACGGUCCUUAACGUGCCCAAGAAAAACGAAAAGGUUAACGACAUCAUUUACAUCAGAGGCACCAAGGAAGGUGUCGAAAAGGCUUCUGAGCUCAUCAAAAACAAGCUCAAGAACUGA